GUGCUUUAUAAACGAAGGGCAGUAGUUACUGGCAAUGUUCUGUUCAAAACACAGUGCGUCGUCUUUAGACAGUCCCAUUUUGUUAGUCUGAGUAUCACAUGCUUUUACAUUGUAAUCGAAGAAGAAUAAAGUGCUCCCAAUGUUAUACGCAGGCUAUAGUUAGGCUAUCGAAGUUGAAACCUAAUGGCAGAUAUACGGAAGAAGCUGGUGGCGGUGGGAGACGGCGCCUGCGGUAAGACCUGCCUGCUGAUCGUGUUCUCUAAGGACGAGUUCCCGGAGGUCUACGUCCCCACGGUGUUCGAGACCUAUGUGGCGGACAUCGAGGUGGACUCCCAGCAGGUCCAGCUGGCGCUGUGGGACACCGCCGGCCAGGAGGACUACGACCGCCUCCGUCCGCUGUCCUACCCGGACACUGAUGUCAUCCUCAUGUGUUUCUCAGUGGACAGUCCAGACUCCCUGGAGAACAUUUCGGAAAAGUGGGUCCCAGAAGUCAAACAUUUUUGUCCCAACGUGCCAAUCAUUUUGGUCGCCAACAAAAAGGAUCUACGUAACGACGAGACCGUCAAGUAUGAACUGUCGAGGUUAAAACAAGAGCCGGUGAAGGCGGACGAUGGACGGGCGAUGGCGAUGCGCAUCGGGGCGUAUGACUAUCUGGAGUGCUCUGCUAAAACCAAAGAUGGUAUAUGGGAAGUGUUUGAGACCGCAACCAAGGCAUCCUUAAAACAAAGACGACCGGGUGGCUGUGUGAACUGCUGCCUUUUGCUGUGAGGGAACAUUUUGCUAAAAGCUGCUUUUUAACACUGGGGCUGUGGUCAAGAUGAAGUGGGACUUGUUAUGGCCAAGGCCGCAGUGUGUUCAACUCUUAUUGCACACACACUCUAUUAUCACAUGAUGAAUGAAUGCCUAACAUGUGUUGCUUAGUUAAAUGAUUCUAUUAUAUGUACUUUAGUACUCUGCCCUUAAUAUAUGAGUAGGCUAAAAACAUUUUUGUGGAAGAUUUAUUUUUGGAAUCAACGAUAAAAUUACAUGAAAUGGUUUGAAGGCUAGCCUGAGGUCAGUUUCAAAUCGAUUGUUUCACGUGCACAAUGAGAGAUUUCAUAUGCAACUUUCUGAUAUGGCUAUUAUGUCCAUAAAUAUUUUUUGCCUCUGGGAAUUCAAAUCCUUCUGACACGAUUACAUAGUGACAAAAUACAGUAUUAAAAAAAAGAACGCAUCAGAGGCAGAGUAAUGGUGAUGGCAAUAAUCCUUUGAAUUUAUGCCUGUUUAUAAUAAUAAACACAAAUGCACUAAG